GGUCACUGAAGGAAAAACCGAAUCAAUGACCGAUGGAACGUCUGAAGGAUCGGCCGAGUUAACGACCGACAGACUCUAAGACGCCGCCAAACGAGUUUCUCCGUUUGUUUCACCUCCUGCAGGAUGGAGCAGAUUCUCACUGCAGAAGAGAUGCUGUUUAUGAAUGGACUGAGUGGAAAUGUUGCAGAACCGAACUGUGAUCAUCAGCCCUCAUUCGAUUGGCCCACUCAGGAAUCCGAGCUGCAGUACUGCAGUCUGACCAGCAGGGGGCAGAUCAACUCACAGGCUGCCGUUGCUAGCUCCGUCCAUCCUCUGGUCCCCCUCCUCCUCCUCAGCGACAGGCACCUCCCCCUCCGCUCCCCCUACAGCCAGCCAAUCAGCAGGCCCGUUGCCCGGCAGGCCGACCCUCCCUCCUGGACACGCCCCUGUUACCACGGCAACAGCGUUUCCAGGCAGUCGGUGAAGAAGCCGCUGAACGCCUUCAUGCUCUACAUGAAGGAGACGCGACACCAGGUGCUGCAGGAAGGACGGGAGAAGGAGAGCGCCGCCAUAAACCGCAUCCUGGGACGCCGGUGGCGCGCUCUGCCUCGAUCGGAGCAGUCCCGGUUCUACGAUCUGGCCCAGAAGGAGCGGCUGCUGCACAUGCAGCUCUACCCCGGCUGGUCUGCCAGGGACAACUACGGAAAGAGGAAGAGGAAGCAGAUGGCGGGAAACUCUUCCAGGUCAGAGGUCAUCUGCAGCCAGGUUCAAUGAUCCAGCCAAGUCAGACAGCAGCUGCUUGUAAAGAUUUUAUAGACGAUAAUCUGAAACUCUGCACUGAUGUACAGUAAAAAUGAGACGUGGGAAAUGUUUGGGAAUAUUGCAACGUUCUUUAAUGUUCAAAUAAUAUUAGGCAGUCCCGAUCAGAUAUUGAUGUUGAAUAUCGGUCCGAUAUCGGCCAAAGAAAUGAGCAUCGGAUUUAAAUGGAAUGGAUCAAUAAUCUCAGACAGAAGGAGGUCGCUGCAGCAUUUAGUCUGCUCCAACGUUUAGUCCGCUCCAGCAUUUAGUCCGCUCCAGCAUUUAGUCCGCUCCAGCAUUUAGUCCGCUCCAGCAUUUAGUCCGCUCCAGCAUUUAGUCCGCUCCAACGUUUAGUCCGCUCCAACGUUUAGUCCGCUCCAGAUUUUCUGUCCCGGUUCAUAAUAAAUGGGUCAGUUGUUUUCAUACCUAAUGUUUUGACUAUCAUGUUCGGUUUGAAUAAUUUUAAUUGAUGAAGCAUCAUCUCACUUUUCACAAUACAAAAUAAAUAAUAAAUAUAAGUUUCAUCCUGAUAUCGUAUCAGAUAAAUAUGAUCACAGUUAUGAUAUCGGUAUUGAUUUGGAAAUGAAAGUUUUAUUGAAACAUCUUCAUAAUAUCCUGUUUGAAUCCAAUGAGUGUAACCAUGGAAUCCAUUUAAAUGUUUUAUUUUUAUAAAAAUUCACAUUUAAUCAGUUUAAUUCAUGUAAUCCAAAUAAAUCAUUUCAUUCCCGACUGGAAUACAACCAACAACCUGACAGAUUUGGAUGACCGUUUUGUUACUUUUGUUUAAAAUGAUUCUGAAAAGGCUCAAAAAUAUUCAUACAGCUCUAAAGCUUCACCACAUCCUGGAUUUCACCUCCGAUAUUCGAUCGCUCGUCUUUCACACUCCACUCCAGCAGGUGGCAGUGAUGCGCCUUCACCGGUUCCACUAAGAAGUUAAGAACUUGGAAGCAGCCAAAAGGAAAAAACUCCUUCCAUAAUAUCCUGCAUGCCAUCUUUUCUUUGUCCUGUAAAGUGAAAUUUUAUUUUCUGUUUUUAUUCAAGUGUUUCCUCCUAACCGGAGUUUUUCCUGUAAUUAGACGUAGUUUGUGUUUCAUAUAUUGUUAAAUAUUUUCUUCCUCCUGUCUGGAUAUUUACUGUGAAAAUAAAGAAAGUUUCACCAUCUGAGAUUUGACUGAUCGAUUCAAUCCUCCUCAUUUUUGACAGUCAGAAGGGAAAAUAAAUGUUUUGCAUGAUCGAGUCAGCAGAAUACAGCCAUCAUAACAAAACGAAAAAACAGCAGAAAGACAAACCUGUAAAACA